AUGCCCCCAUGCAUCUCAUCAUCCCAGGAUUCCAACAUUGAUGACGGGCUCAAGCUGGAGGGAGCCGAAGCCCAGAGUCACCAGCAGACUGUGUCAUCCGGCGCCGGUCAUUCUGCGGUCAACGAGAGUCCAAAGCAAUGUAUCUCGCUCGAUGUCAUCUCAAGGACUGUCAUCGCCGUCGAAUGUGGCAAGGGACUCAGCGCUCAAUACAUGAUCCCCCUAAGCCUUCUUUGCGCACAAAGCCAGAAGCAGUUGGACGUAUUCCAGCAAGCAGAAGACCUACACGAUAGCUACGUUAAGGUGAAGGCCAUCAAGAAGCAAGCGAAAAGCGUUUUCUCGCUAUUGGAGAUCCACAACAUCGUUCAUACGGACAAGAGUCGCGAAAAGGCAAUGGCAAUCAUUCUAGAAUGUCUGCAUAGAUUUCCCAUCGCCAAGUACCAGGUUGGGAUCGCCCAGAGAAUUACAGAAGCGACGGAUGUAGUGUUCCAAAAGAACGAGAUUUUCAUCGUUUCACCCGGCAAGAAGUUCGACAGAUCGAAGGUUCCUAAGAACGAUGUCCACGGUCGCCUCAAAAUACUCAAAGACGAGGCCGUGUACACAGUGUUGGAGCGAAUCCACUUCUGCCUGUGUAAACUCAAGACCUUAGAGGAGAAGAAGGCGCCCGCAAAUGCAGUACAAGCUGCCGCUCAGCGACGCCUCAUACUUCCGAAUGAACAUCCUUCAACAGUAGAGGCUUUGGUCAAUUGGCUGUACAAAGACGGUCUGUCAUUCACUGACAUCAACAAUCUUUGCGAAAUUCACGCGCUGGCCGACAAGCUUGGUAUCGAGGGGCUCGCUGCCGAAUGCACGGGGCUGCUGUCUACGGCUACUUCGCGCAUCCUUCUUCGAGCGAAAAGCGAGGGCAUUACCUUGAGAGGUCUGCUAUCGGAGUGCGCUCGAAAUCAAGCACGAGGACAAGAUACGGACAAGGAGAAUUCCACCCUUUCCUCUUUCAGUGUGAUUGGCGAAAUUUUCAAGAUUACGUUGCAGAAACCAGCUCCCCCCGCCGUACUUCAAGAUCUAGUUGCAGAAGCUAUAGCAGUUAGUGAAGAUGAUCAACUCUUCCAUGAGCUUCUCCCCGUCAUCAAUCUCGAUAUGCGAGGCAAAGUCGCAAUGGCAAUGAUACGCAAUGCCAAAGCGAAGGCCGCUGCUGUAGCGAACCGAGAGCACAGUCAUUCUCAAGUCUCCUCGGGUGCUUCUCGUAACGCAUCCGUCAAAUCCGAGGUAUCAUACGACAAAGAUCAGGAGUAA